CUGCACUGCUGAGGUUCUGUUUCACCUGGGCAGCAAAACCUCUGCUCCAGAUGUGCAGCUGACAGUGCAGGGAGAGCUCAGGAGCACAGAGGAGGCAGACCAGGAGUUCUACCAUCGGAUCAGGAGCCUGGAAAAGGAGCUUGUGGCUGAGAACAUCCCAGACAGCCACGGGAACGUUCCCCCAGAGCUGGAGCCCAUCCACCUGCUGGCCUGGGCGGCCUCUGGCUACGUGAUCUGGCAGAAUUCCACUGAAAACACCAACUUCAACCUUGCCCAAGUGAAACACGUGAAGCAAGUGAAAAGAAAUGAUGAUGAUCUUCAGUUUGACUUUGUGGUUCUACUCCAUGAAAUGGUGUCCCAGGUAAAUAAUUUUAUUUCUAAAAAGCCUUUUUUGGCUGUUUUAGCACUGCAGCUGGGUGAGCUCCAGCUCAGACCCAGAUGUGAUGCUGCAGGGUGAGCUCAGGUCCCCAUCCCUGCCUGUCUCAGCAUUCCAGGAACAACAGCAGCAGCUUCAGCUGCUCUGGGGCUUUGCUGGGAAUGGCUGAGGCUCAAAGCUGGUCCCCCACAGGGAGAUCCCUCCUUGGGAGAUCCCAGUGCCACAGUGGGCAGGGAUAAAGGGAAGGGGCAGCUGGAGCAUCCUGGAUGCUGAAUUCCAGCUGGGCUGUGGAUCCUCCAUGGCCUGGGACAAUCCCAGGAACCGCCAGCAGAAACCCUCCCAGAACAGCAUUCACAUCUGUGCUACUCUCCAGCAAAACUCUGGCAUCUGAGCAGGUGUUUUAUAGGAAAACCACAGAAAAUUGGGAAGGGAAGCUCCUGACUGUAAUAACCCAGGGAUCUCCCUCCCAG